GCCAGGACGGUGGAGGGGCGAGAACGUCGACUGCGUCACCAUGGGAUCCAACGACUGCUGCUGCGGGCGGUACAAUGUGGCCGUGGGGAGUAAACUGAUCGGAAUCACUUCGGCGGUGCUCUCUGCGCUGUCGAUUGUCGGCUUCAUCUGGAAGUUCGUGCAACUGAAGAGGAUUCAGGACAACGUGAUACAGCUGGUGGGACAUGAUGCCUUCGACAAGCACGUCUCCGAAAACUUUGAGUCGAGGCGCCAUACGAUGGGCGGCAUGGUGGGUGUUUCAAUUGUUUGUCUGCUGGUGGCCAUCGCCCUCAUCUUCGCCGUGAAGAAGAACAACCGGUUCCUGGCCCUGCCCUUCAUGAUCUGGUCGAUUCUCUGCAACAUCGCUGCGGGCAUUCUCGCAGCCUGCCUGAUCUUCUUCAUAGCCGUAAUCGAUUGGGAUAAGGCGGAGAGGGAAGACCAAGUCAGUGAUUUGGUGGAGGCCUUCGUCGUGCCACUCGUCUUCGUUGUCAUCCAGUUCAUCAUCUACACCUGGUGGCUGGUCGUCGUGUUCGCCUUCUACCGCCUGCUGAAGACCGGACACGCGUUCGACAGCAUUCCCAUGCAGACCGCCUAGAAAGCGUCGCCAUCAACGCGUGACGCGUGGACUGGCGACAACCACCCCCUACCGCCAGCACGCCGGCGCGCGCUUUCCGGGGCCUUCUGGGGCCAUCGGCCCGCGCCGUCUUCACCUGGUAACUUCUCUGCACGCGCGCUAUCCACCGUCGCUCGGCGGGUGGCGGCCUCGACCUCAACCCGGCCGUAGGCCUCCCUCGCCGGCUCCACUGCCACGCCGCCGGAGGCUGCCAGGUGGCGCCCUGCGGACCGGCCCCUCUGCGGACCGGCCUCUCUGCGGACCGGCCCCUCUGCGGACCGGCCCCUCUGCGGACCGGCCUCUCUGCGGACAGGCCCCUCUGCGGACCGACCCCUCUGCGGACCGGCCUCUCUGCGGACCGGCCCCUCUGCGGACCGGCCCCUCUGCGGACCGGCCUCUCUGCGGACCGGCCCCUCUGCGGACCGGCCUCUGCGGACCGGCCCCUCUGUGGACCGGCCCCCUGCGGACCGGCCCCCCUGCGGACCGGCCUACCUGCGGACCGGCCCCUCUGCAGACCGGCCUAUCUGCGGACCGGUCUCUUUGCGGACCGACCCCUCUGCGGAUCGGUCUCUUUGCGUACCGGCCCCUCUGCGGACCGGCCUCUCUGCGGACCGGUCUCUUUGCGGACCGGCCCCUCUGCGGACCGGCCCCUCUGCGGACCGGCCUCUCUGCGGACCGGCCUCUCUGUGGACCGGUCUCUCUGCGGACCGGCCUCUCUGCGGACCGGCCCCUCUGCGGACCGGCCUCUCUGCGGACCGGCCUCUGCGGACCGGCCGCUCUGCCGACCGGUGCCUGCUGGCCAGCCGUCGUGAGCCACUGGUUAGCCAGCUGGCUUGGCACGCUCUGUGUCGGUUGACGGCCCUCUCGUGUGCACAAUUGGCCUGCUUGCGAGGUCGCCGCGUGUCGUGGGUUUUGUGUUGGUCCACUUGUCAGUUCUGCCGCGGCCUGCUUGUGGGUUCGCUACGCGUCUGUCGUGCGUCCCGGGUUAUCCCCUGAUUCGCUUGUCAGUCCUCUUGGCCUGCUUGUGAGUUCGCUGUGCGUCUGUCGUGCGUCCCGGGUUAUCCCCUGAUUCGCUUGUCAGUCCUCUUGGCCUGCUCGGGGUUUCGCCGUGCGCCUGCUGUGUGUCCGCGUCUGCAACGGUCCGUGUUCAGUCCGCUCGGCGUGUUGGCCGCUCCGCUGUGUGUUCGCUGUAUGUUCGCCGCUGUGCGACGGUAGAUGUCGGUCGGGCCCACGGAGGGUGCGGCUCGGCUGGCCACCGACGAGGUGUCGUGGCGUAGGUGGCGCUGUCGCCGCGGCUGCCGUUCGUAGGUGUUCGUUACUCAGGCACGUUAUUGCUUCGCCUCGCUGUGAGAUAGAUCUGUCAGAGUUCUCAGCGGGGUGCACUGGUGCGCGCCGCCUUCACCAACGCAGACCAGGGUCGUGACGCGGCGGGAAAGGACCAGCUGCAGUGUUUUGAACGGCCGAGCCGGGCUGAGCUGAUCUGGCGCUGCACUCACCAUGCAGGCAAUGCCUUGCAGUGUGGAGAUCCGGAGUUCAAAUAUUCACAGCAUUCACCGCCUCGGCACGCCACUAUUGUCCCGCGCUUGUAGUAACUGCGUGCCUUAGGCGGUGUGUUUUCUCUCGCGCCAAGCGCGUAUCGGCCAUUUCUCGCAGCUCCUGCCCUCCUGCGGCUCAUGUGCUUGACAAACGGAUGUUUUAAAUCGCUCAUGCGCGGUGCCGUGUCAAGAGCUGCGCUGCUGACAGACAGCUGGGUGGCGAUCGUUUUGUAGCACAUCAGCGGUGAGCUUCUUGCAGCGCCUGUGGACUAGGUGGCGCGCUUGGCCAGUACUGACCCGCAAGGGCGCUAAAGUUCGCGGCAGUUGUGACAGUGCAGCGACACUGCGCUUGCCGUAGCCAUACAAGUCCUGCAUGUUUGUCUGGCACCAGUCGCCGUUCCAUACUGGCACGCUGGCUGGUGGCGCGAGGCAGGUCGAGCCGGCCAGUGGCCCCUCCGGGGUCGCCCUCACUGCCUGUCAAGGCCGCCCGCCGCCGGCAGCUGGCGUCCCAGCACGCACGGAGCGAAAGGCCGCGCCUCACACGUGCCUUGUUCUCUACCGCGCCGGGACCACAUGGAGCCACACCCCAGUCAGUACCUACGUUUUUAUCGACUUGACGUAUGUGGAAAUACACUCGACAAUAGUGCGCUUA